GACCACGCCCCUUCCAUGAUGACGUGUCCACAGGCCGCAGCGACGGCCACCAUUGGCUCCUGCGUUGCCGGUUCCUCUAGGUUCGCUCCACACCUUUAGACCUGGGGGCCCGAAUGCGUCUCCCAGCCCGACAGCUGCCAAGAUGGCGGCUUCCCGGGGAUGGGGGCGGCGAGAGCGUGGCAGCGGCAUCGCUGCCGUUUCCUGCUGAGGAGAGCCCCCCGGACCGGCCGCCGCCCCGCGGGGCUCUCCACAGCGCGGCGGCCGGGGAGGGGGUUGGCCUGCUGGGACCUGGGUAUCCCCCGGCGGUCGCGGCCAGGGGGGACUUGCUGGAGCCUGAGGAGGACGGGGGCCUGCUGGGCCCCCUGGAUGCUGGAUCUCCCACCGAGGAGGGAUCGGAGGCGCUGGCGUUGACCGAGAUGUUGGCCCAGAGCCUGGCUGCCAGCUCCUCUGCCCUCGGCACCACUCUCUACCUGGAGCCGGGUGGGAGCCUGGUGCAGGGGGCUGAGCUGAGCGCCGAGGAGCUGCUGGUGGCGGCGACCCGAGAACCAGGCAGUUGGGCUACCGGGAAUUUGCCUGCGGAGAAGAGUCAGGCCGAGCCAACUGCUCAGCUUCCCGGCCAGCAGGCCACAGCGACGCCUCGCCCCGAGGAGCUGCGGAGGGUCAUCGAACAAGUGAGCAGGGCCCAGAAGCAGCCUCCACCGUCUCUUCUUCCCUCCUCUGGAUCUGGCAUUGGGUCCUUAUUGUUGCCUCCUCACCGAGGUGGGGGGUACUCGCUACCCCAGGAGAUUAGCCUCGUGCCCCCAGCAUCAGGGUUCAGCAGAUCCCCACAGGGCGUAGCCUGGACUGCUGCCUCCGGGUCCCAGCCGGUGACCAGUAUCAUGCACAAUGCAGCACAGCAGUUGCAGAAUGUGGCCCAGCAGGUUGCCCUUCAACAGGGCAAAGCUAUUGGUACCACAGGUGCCUUGUACACAAGAGUAAUAUUGUACUUUUACAUUCUCAACUUUUUUCCCCCUAAAGCAAUUAGAAGCAUUUGUGUUCAAGUGCAGCCGGGGCAGAUGAAGGAAAAUGAAAAGCCAGUGCCACCUCUUGCAGAAGUCCAGUCCAAAGCUAUAACACCGAGUCAGCCAGUUGGUAGGAAUUGUGGUCUGUCUAGACUUAAUAUUAUUAAUCCCCAGAUUAUUAGGAUACAGCCUGUAACAGGAACUGAGCAGCAACAGUUUUUCUUGCAUAGUUCUUCUGAGCCUCCAGUUCAGCUACUUGUGCAGAGACCGUUAGCCCCUGAUGGACCAGUGUCAGUGAAUAGAUUCCCACACACCAGACAUUCUGCUACUGAGUCUCGAAAAGUUACUUUGGUGGCAGCCAGUUCAGCAAAUACUCUUAUCUCGAGCCUUGAGAAAAAAGCAAAAAGAGAACUAAAGCUAAAAAAAUCUUUGAAAGUGAAGACUCGUUCUGGACGGAUUUCACGUCCUCCAAAAUAUAAAGCGAAAGAUUAUAAAUUCAUUAAAACAGAGGAUUUGGCCGACUGUCAUCAGUCUGAUUCUGAUGACUAUUCCGAACUAAGCAUAGAAGAUGACGAUGAGGGGAAAGCAAAGGGAAUGGAUGCAUUCAAUCCUUUGAAUUAUAACCUGAAGCCCAAAAUGUUUAAAUGUCAGACUUGUGAAAAAUCCUACAUAGGAAAAGGAGGAUUAGCACGACAUUAUAAACUUAAUCCAGGUCAUGGACAAUUGGAGUCUUCACAGCAAAAAGUCCCUAUGAAUAAAACUAACAGAAGUGUGUUUCUGGAUAUUUCUGGAGGAGCAGAUGAUGAAACUGUGAGUCUGACGCUCUCACAACCAAUUGCUGUCACUUUAAAUAAUGAAAAUUCACUAGCUAUUGGUUUGGAAGAAACUGCUUCUUCACAGAGUGAGCAACAGACUGGUAAAUCUGCAGCAGACAGACCUUUGUUGGCAGCACAACAAAAUGAGACUGGUUUAGUACAUCAGGGACCUGGAAUGCCAAAUGGACCUGGAAAACCCAGACGACCUAAACGUGGCCGACCGAGGAUGACUGGAAGAUCAAUGUGUUCGGGAAGACUAAGUAGACCUGGUCGGUCCCCUUCUAAGUCGCUUAGUAAUGUAGCAACAGAACACACCAUAUUUAGAAGAAAGGCUGGACUAAAAGAGAAACUAUUUUGGUAUUACCAGCUAAUCCAACAAUGUGACAAUGAAGAUUUAAUGGAGCUGGCUCUUCCCCGCCUGACAAAGCUUGUUACUGUGUUUGAAUUUUUACUGAUGAAGGUUGAAAAAGGUUACCCAGCAAAAGCCUUUUUUCCAGAUGUUUAUAGAGAAUUUGAAGAGUUACAUAAUAUGGUAAAGAAAUGUGUCAAGACUAUUUCAGUAAUUAAAAGAUCCAAGGUUGCUGAAUCACUAGGAAUUACAGAGAAGCUUCUUGGAAAACAAAAGAUACAAGCUAUAGACUCCUCCACACAAUGUACGACUAAAACAGUUGGUGAACAAAUGUUUACAGAGAUAUCAGGGAAAAAACGAGCAAAUGAGAGUUCAUAUGAAGAACUGUUGCCAUCAGCUAAAAGGACCAGAGUAGAAGGCAUAUUGGAGAAUGUGAAAGAUAUUUAUGCCAGCCAAAAUGGAGAAGAGGACAAGAGCUGGAACUUGUCUACACUGACUACAAAAGACGGUUUUAAUCCACUAAAUGGGGUGUCUGUGCUCUCCGAAGACAGAGGUAUUACUCUUUGCACAACUGGAAGUGCAAAGCAUACUGGGGAGCAACAUAAAUCAUUUGAUUUAGAAGCUAGAACUAACUCUGCAAAUUCAGGUAUCUUUCAGUCCAUGAAAAUGAGAAUGGAAUGCUCUCAACCCCUAAGUAUACAGGGACCAGAUAGUACAAGUAACACAUCUCCACCAUGUACUGAAGUACUGUUGCAUGCUGAGGCAGAUAGCUCACCAGAAGAAUUUGUUCAAGCACACUUUGUAAAUGAGAACACAGCAAGUGGACUGACAAGUUCUGAAUUUUGUAACUGCAUGGUAUCCGAAGAUGUGAUUGAUAAUCAGAGUACCAACUUGUCAAUGAAUGAAGAAAGUGAUCAUAAUGGAAAAUAUCAGAAACUUCAGCAAGAUGAAGAAAACCAGAGUUACACUAUUACCAGUGAACAGUCUGAACAACUUAAUGAUGCUGAUAUUGCUGAUCAGAUGCAGCAGCUUGAAAAAGUCUUUUCAACAAGCAUUGUGCCAGUAGACCAUUCAUACAAGACUCAAACUGACCCACAUCAGAAUCCUGUACAGGAAACCUCCAUAUCUGUUCGGGAGAAUCUUGAAAGUCCAAUUAAAAACUUGAAUGAAUUCUCUUGUGGGCUAGAGGAACAACAUGCUGGACAACAUGAGCUAGAGAAUGCAGUUACUGUAGGUGAAACUGUAGCCUUUGAGAUUGCUGAUGAGAGCCAUGAAUUCUUGUCUCAGGGACACGAACAGAUCUUACUUCAGACUGCAGAUGGCCUUAGUCGGUCUCAUCAGGUACGGCUGUUCUGCUCUCAAGCAGAAGUCAGGGUGAUUGUAACUAAUGCUGAUGGUACUACAUGCACAUUCGCAACCCCUGAGGGGGUGCCUUUGAAACGUUGGAAGCACGGCUGGCGCAAUGGAAGCAGAUGGCCAAAGUGAAGAUAUUUUUGCUCUCACAAAGUGAAGUGGAGCCAUAAAUAUAAAACCUGUUUUUAUUUAUACAUGCUUUGUUCCAGAAAGACUGAUCAUAUCAAAUGUAUAUUUUCUAAUGUGAAUAUGAAAUUAACUUAUUUGUAAGCAUUUCUAGAUGUACUUUGUUAUAACUUAUGUUUAUAUUAGUAUUGCAACCAAAAAUUCUAGGAAUGACUUUUGGAUUGAACUUGUGCUCUCAAUUGAGUGUGUGGGAGGGGAUUUGGAUACCUUGUUUGAUGGCAGCUAUUACCUUUUUUGUUAUAUCUAGUUUACUCUUUGCCAAAAACAGAAAUGCAAUAUCAUUAUGUUGCAACUGCCCUGUGGGUCAGGGAGAUGGUUGUAUACUGGCAACCUGUAUAUGUUGGCAAA